AAAGCAGUGAGAGGGAUGAGUGAGUCCCGGCUGGCCCAGCUCGUCUCCGGGCUGUGCCACAGCGACCAGGAGAAUCCCUUCCCCCUGUGGACCGAUGGCCAGGUCGGCUCCUGCUUCAACCAGCUGGUCCUGGGGGCCGCGCCGCACGCUGGGGUGGCCGUGUUCAGUGCUUACUACCUGGGAACGGCAAGAGGUGGUCCUGUCCUGACUCCUGUCCCGUGUGGCUGGCUGCUCCGGCUGGCGUCAGCCCUGCUGGCUGCCCUGCUCUUCAUCACAGACCUCAGCGUGGUGGCUGUGCUCCAGGACGGGGACAUGUACCUGCACAUCCUGACCGACAGCUGUGCAGUCCUGGCAUGGCUGCUCCACUUCAGUGCCCUACGGGGACUUCUGCGGACUUCUCUUGGGAGAACCCGAGGACCGCCGGGACUGUUUGUCACAAUUCUUCUGUUAGUCCCCAACCUCGUCAUCACCCUGAUGAUUUACUGUCACAACCAGGAAUAUUUAAGCCCCGCCGAGCCUCUUAAACUGGCUCGGUUUGCACUUGCCUCAGCCAGGACGCUACUUUUUGUAGUUUAUUUCUUUUCAUUUGCCUUUCCCUGCAUCAGUGAAGCUAGAUCUACAUUGGAUAUUAAUUCUGUGGAUGAAUCCUUACUCAUCCCAGAGAACAGUCAGCCGGACACGGGUGACAUGGUGGCUGAAGACGGAAGCGGCUGCCUCUCUCGACUCUUCUACCUGUGGCUGAACCCUUUACUCCUGCGGGGCCAGCGGGGGGAACUGGAAAGAGCAGCUGAUGUGUACCACCUUCCCCGAAAACUCCGGACUAAUGUGGUUUACCGAUACUUUCACCAGUGUUGGGAAGCCUGCAGACAAAGGGAAAGCGUCGAUGUGCGUCAGGCUCAGUGGCCCAAACCGGUCGGCCGGAAUCUCCUGAAAGGAACCUGGAGUUCCCAGUACAACGAGGAGGUGCUGGAGCUGGAGGGGGAUGUGGGAUUACUGAGGGUGCUGCACAAGGCCUUUGGGUUGCGCUACUACAGCCUUGGUGUGCUGAAGCUGCUGGUGAAUGUGUCUAGGUUUGCAGGGCCGCUGCUGCUCAGCAGUCUGGUGAACUUCAUGGAGGAGGAGGGGGCUCCGGUCAGCCGGGGGGCCUGGUGCGUGCUGGGUCUCUUCGCAGCCACGCUCCUCAGUUCUUUUCUCCAGAACAUUUUUACCUUUGAGGUCUGUAAGGUGGCACUGUCGGCACGUGCAGCUCUGGUCACGGCCAUCUACGGCAAAGCCCUGCGGGUCAGCGGCUGCAGCGUGGCCGGCUCCACUUUAGGAGAGCUGGUGAACUUGAUGAGCGCGGACACCGACCGCGUGGUCAACUUCUUAAACAGUUUCCACGAGCUCUGGAGUCUGCCCUUCAGCUUCUCCAUCGCCCUCUACCUGCUGUAUCUGCAGGUGGGCGUAGCUUUCCUGGGAGGACUCGGGGUGGCGUUGGUGCUGGUGCCGUUCAACAAGUUCCUCGCCUCCCGGAUCCUCAGCAAUAAUACACACAUGCUGAAGCACAAAGAUAACCGUGUUAAGUUAAUGACGGAGAUCCUUUUUGGCAUUCGUGUCAUCAAGUUCUACAACUGGGAGCCUCAUUUUACGGCCAGGGUGACGGACUGCCGUAAACACGAGCUGUCCCACCUCAGGGCCAUCAAGUACCUGGAUGCCAUGUGUGUGUACACGUGGGCCGCUCUGCCCGUGGUCAUCUCCAUCCUCACCUUCGUCACUUACGUGUUGCUGGGGAACCAGCUGACUGCAGCCAAGGUUUUCACCACGCUGGCCCUGGUGGGGAUGUUGAUCGUUCCUCUCAAUGCUUUCCCCUGGGUGCUCAACGGCAUUCUGGAGGCCAAAGUUUCCCUGCAACGGAUUCAGCGCUUCUUCAAACUCACCAACCAGGAUCUACCGGCGUACUACGCCCUAAUCUCUCCUGAAGAAAGUCAGACAUCUGUCCUGAUGAGUCAGGGGACAUUUUCCUGGCUGGGGCCUAAUAGUGUCACAGAGGAAGAAACUGAAAUUAGAGCUGCGAGAGGAAGUCUGCAGCUGCACAGUCUCAACCUACAUGUGACAAAGGGCUCGCUGGUUGUUGUGGUGGGAAAGGUCGGAUGUGGAAAGAGUUCCUUACUCGCCGCUCUCACAGGAGAGCUCAGCAGGAUGAGCGGUGUGAUCUAUGUUGCAAACAGAGAAGCUGGCUUUGGUCUGGCCUCUCAGGAGCCAUGGAUCCAGCAUGCGUCCGUACGAGACAACAUUCUGUUUGGCAAGGACUACGACGCCGCCCUCUACCAAGCUGUGAUCGCGGCCUGUGCUCUCGCAGAUGACCUGAGUGUUUUGCCAAACGGUGACAGGACAGAAGUGGGUGAGAACGGAGUGACUCUGAGCGGAGGACAGAAGGCCCGGCUGGCCCUCGCCAGAGCUGUUUACAUGGACAAAGACAUCUACCUUCUGGAUGAUCCGCUGGCAGCCGUUGACACAGACGUGGCCGAACACCUCAUGAAGAGGUGCGUGUUGGAGCUUCUCAAGGGAAAGACCAGAAUCCUUUGCACCCACCGCAUUGAGUUCGUGGACAAAGCUGACAUGGUGGUCCUCAUGGACAAUGGAACAAUAAUCAAAACAGGGACACCAGCAGAGAUCCUCCCUUUUGUGCAGGCUGUGCCUCAAAUGGGGAGGAAUGAUCAUGAAGCAAACCAGAAAGCCAGUGAAGAGCGGGAGGAGGAGCUGGGUAGUUCUCCUGACCUGGGCCUGGACGAUGAUGCUGACCUGGUGGGGGUGGAGCAGAAGCAAGCAGGUGGACUGGCCUGGAGAGUUUACCGGACCUACUGGUUGGCUGUGGGUGCUGUGCUGGCCAGCUCCAUCUUAAUGUCUCUGCUCCUCAUGCAAGCCUCUAAGAACGUUUCUGACUGGUGGUUGUCCUACUGGAUCUCUCAGUUGAAAAACAACGGUUCCACUUGGAUCAACGGCUCUUCUGCAGCUGCUGCCGGUUCCCCUCACCUGCUGCUCUUCUACACCGCUGGCCUAAUAUCUCCUCCCCCCUCCGGGCAGGCGUCCCCGUCCACCAACAGCAGUGUGGAUGUGAGGUUUUACCUGACCGUCUACAGCUCUAUUGCGUCAGCUAACACCCUCUUCACGGCCCUGCGAGCCUUCCUGUUUGCCCACGGCGUCGUCUGCGCGGCCUCCUCCAUCCACAACAGGCUCCUGGACCGAGUCCUGAAGGCCACCAUGACCUUCUUUGACACCACACCUUUGGGCCGCAUCCUCAACCGUUUUUCCUCGGACCUGUACACCAUCGACGACAGCCUGCCGUUCAUCCUGAACAUCCUGCUGGCCAACGUGUUCAGCCUGCUGGGCAUGCUGGUGGUGAUGAGCUACGGCCUGCCCUGGGUGCUGGUCCCCCUGCUCCCGCUGACGCUGCUCUACCAACGGACUCAGUCCUUCUACAGACACACCUCCCGGGAGCUGAAGCGUCUGUGCAGCCUCACGCUGUCGCCCGUGUAUUCACACUUCUCAGAGACCCUGACGGGGCUGGGAACCAUCCGGGCCAGCGGACACUCCGCCAGGUUUGUGGAGGAGAGCGCCAGGCGCCUGGAGCAGAACCAGCGCUGCUUGUUUCUUAGCAACGCCGCCAUGCAGUGGCUGGACAUCCGCUUGCAGCUGAUUGGUGUUGCUGUAGUGACGGGCCUCGGGGUGAUAGCCGUUGUGCAGCACCAGUAUGGUGUUGUUGAUCCAGGUCUCGUGGGUUUGUCCCUCUCCUAUGCGUUGUCCAUCACAUCGCUCCUGUCCGGGCUCAUAUUCAGCUUCACGCAGACUGAAAUGCAGCUGGUGAGCGUGGAGCGGACGCAGGAAUACUUCACUGACCUGCCGACCGAGCCGCAGGAUCAGAACGUGCAGCUGCCCCCUGCGUGGCCCGAGCAGGGCCGGCUGGAGUUUCGUGACGUGGCUCUGUCCUACAGGGAGGGUCUGCCCAACGCGCUGGAUGGAGUGAGCCUGCUGGUGCCACCCGGGGAGAAAAUUGGCAUUAUGGGGCGCACAGGCUCUGGCAAGUCGUCCAUGUUCCUGGCCCUGUUCCGCAUGGUGGAACUGAACCGGGGGCAGAUUCUGCUAGAUCACCUGGACAUCAGCACCGUGGGCCUGGCUCAGCUGAGGUCCAGGUUGGCCAUUAUUCCUCAGGACCCCUUCCUGUUCAGCGGGAGCGUCAGGGAGAACCUGGACCCGUGUGGGCGACAGACGGACCAGCAGCUGCUGGACGUCCUGGACCAGUGCCACCUCAGCAGCGUGGUCGGCAGGAUGGGGGGCCUGGAUGCUGAGGUGGGAGAGAGAGGGAAAGGCUUCUCUGCUGGCCAGAGGCAGCUGCUGUGUCUGGCCAGAGCGUUGCUCACGCAGGCCAAGCUGCUGUGUAUUGAUGAAGCCACGGCCAGUGUGGAUCACCAGACGGACAAACUGCUGCAGCAAACCAUCAGGGACAAGUUUCAUGACAAGACUGUGCUCACUAUCGCCCACAGGAUCAACACCAUCAUGGACUGUGACCGAGUGCUGGUGAUGCAUGCUGGGAAGGUGCUGGAGUUUGACGCUCCCGCUGCUCUCUGCCAGUCUGACUCCUCGGUGUUCCGCCGGCUGGUUGGGGAGUUAGGAGAUGGAGACGUCCCAAAGACGGGAGAAGGAGAGGACUGUGAAACCUGACGAUGUUUUUCCCCUCGUGUAUCCCGGACCGGCCUGCUGAGAAACCUUUAGACUCCACACACGCUUGCAGCUCCGGCCCGGCUGAAGCUGAGAGGCGUCGCCUGCACGGGCUCAUCGUCACGCGUGUGGCCAGAAAAAUGUCAUUUGCUGCUGUUUCAUUUCCUAAGAAAUGUAAGCUCUUAUUGUAUUUACCUUAAUUUCCGACUUUGGUUUGUUGAAACGUAAACAUUUUGGCUGACGUGUUUCUUUAUAUCCAUGUCUACAUUUUAUUUUACUGCCCUGCAGUACUUUUUACUGUGUAAAAGUAUAACUUGUUUCUACACGUCAGUGCUGUCAGCUGCUCUAAACAGCGUUUGUACUUCACUGUUUCCUGUUUCCUCCUCCUUUCCCAGGAUGCACGGCGGGAGUUAUCGUGCAACUUUGCCAACUACUACUUUACAAUAAGGAUUUUUUUUCUUUGCUUUUGUUACCUAAACGUCGAUCAAGACGGAGAUACACUAACCACUGUAUACACCGUUUCUGCUUUUCAUUAUUUACCGAGACUCGUAAAGUACCAGUUUUAGUCAGCUGGGAUGUGAAGUAACGUCUAAAACUGCUGCUCAGUGACGUACAGUAGUUACACCAACUGUUCUCUACCACGGACCCACCAGACGAGCUUUACUGUAAUUACAGACGUCAUUCAUUCAAUCACGGCGCAUAAACUGUAAGAGCCCUCAUCUAUGGGCUUUGUGGGCUUUGAACUAAAAAACUAUUUUUAUAAAUCAUUUGAAGAGUUGAAUUAAACACAAAGUCUGCAUCCGUCUUGGGAGCCGGGCUGUUAUUUAUAAAAAUAAAGAGAAAUAUUUUGGCUGCUAAUUCUACUUGUUGCAUUUGUAAUUGUAAAUAUCUGCCGCCAGCAAAAAUAAGUUAUGAUUCCUUACGUUGGGUUUUGAAGAAAUGAUGAAUGUACUGUACAUGACUGUUUUGUUUUAAUUAAGUUGUUAGAAAUAAAGUGCAGCUCUAAAGUUGAACCAGACUUGGGAGUCUGACUGGAUGUUGUCAGAAAGUCACCUGUCUUGUAAAUGUUGACCAAGACGGCGUACACUUUUUGGUUUAUAACCGUGUUACACCCACUCCCUUCCCUGAAACCUGCUCAAAGCCUCCACUUAAUGAUAAAUAAAA